AUAGGAAAUCCGCCCUUUUUCUCUGCACUCGACUGUUCGGCCUGGAUUAAACGAGGAAGCGGACGUUCUCAAAACAGGACGAAGCUAACCCAGCCCGCUAGGACGAGCAGCCACACUGAACACCUCCGCGGCCCCUUGACUUUCUCAGCAGACGACCGCCACAGGGCGCCGGUCCGCGGGUUACCGUCCACGCGGGACCCUCCCGUGGAUUCGGGGGCUUCUCGGGCCGACGAUGCCACUGGGACUCGCUAGUGACGCCUGAGCACUUCUCGGCUGCUCGCUCCUCAAGACUUGCUGCUGCUGGACUCUCGGCUCUCGGUGCUCUCUGGGAACGUGCACUAAGUCAGCUGGCUGCAGCUUGGUUUCCACAUUAUUUAACAUUUUCUACUCCGAGACGCGCAGGCUGCUUUCACUGGUGGCGUGGUGUCUCCCAGCGGACAUGUAAAAGACCUGCUGCUCUGCCUAUAAGCUGAUUGAGAUUCAGCAGCAUACCUGCCACCACCUAGGAUGCUUUCAAGUUCCCCGCUUUGCAGAACAAGCAGUCGGACGGGUUCAUUAUUAACUUUUCCAUUCUGCCAAACGGGGGAAAUAGCUCUGACCAUUUGGAGUAGCUCUCUUUUGGGGAUGGCUAUGCAAGGCGGGUCCCAGGACCCCUCCCAUGGUACGGGAGACGUGGGGGAGCUGGCACACACAUUAUCUAAAGAGACCCUCGCGUCCCCAGAUGCCUCUGAGUUGGGAAGUCCGCGAUGUACGCCAAACUUUGACCUCUUCAACAUGGUCGUGUCCUAUAAGAGAAUGGCUCUCUUUCUAGAACCAGCUGCAGAUGCAGUGGAGCUGAGCCGCUUCCUGCUCAGAUGGAAGAUGCCUGUGUGCUCUCUGUUUGUCUGUAUGUUCCUCAAUUGUUUCUUCUGCACCGUUAAUGAAGUGGGUUGGAUCACGGUGGGCGUGGUGGCGGUGGCGGCGCCUGCUGCCCUGGGCUACCUGCAGGACAGGUACGGGGGAAGAGCCUCAGAUUCCGAGCUCCACAAGAGGCGCUACCACGCUGUGCACCGCAGGGACCUGCUGACGGUGCAUCUCACCAAACAGGAAGCCAUGCUGGAAGUCAAAGACCUGUUGAAGCACCUGGAUGACAUGCUGUCCUCUGCCUGCCUGUUAGCAGAAACCUUUUACAAGGUCCUGUACUGGGACAAUCACACCAAGUCAUCAAGGUGCUACGGAGGGAUGUUAAUAUUUGCGUGCCUGCUCUACAUCGCCCCUCUGGGCUGGGUGCUCGCUGGGCUCAACAGUACCGUCUUCCUGUGGAACAGAGACUUCUGCAGAGUCUUGUUGGACCUUAGGAACAUGCUCCAGACGGGCCGGGCCAAAGCCUCGGAGGGCAAGUGUGAAGAGCAGGAACACGGCCACUCGUUGGACCAGACCCCCACACCGACUAGUCUGGAGGACCUGUCUCCUGGCAGCGUGGAGGAGGCUGAAGAGGCAGAGCCCGAUGACGAAUUUAAGGAUGCCAUUGAGAAACAUGCGGUGUCCCUGCAGGAGACCCCUUUGGUCCUAGUGGAGGAUGAUGACGGGCCUCUCGGAGCUCCUGAGUAUGACACCAUCUCUGAAAAUGGUCUUUUGAGCCGCAACGAACCAAUACGCAGCAAAGUGUCUAAACUGACGGAGAAACUGCGUAAACGCUACCCAACCACCAGCACAGGCAACUGUUCCAGCUGCAACGCCGUCUUCUCUGUGCUGAAGAAAAGGAGGAACUGCAGUAACUGUGGCAACAGCUUCUGUUCCCGUUGCUGUUCCUUCAAGGUGCUGAGAUCUUGCAUGGGGGCAACGGCUCCUGAGGCCCAGAGAGAGACCGUGUUUGUUUGUGCUGCCUGUAAUUCCUCUCUCAUCAAGUCAUGAAGAGAAGGCAGCUCAGUCCGGUCCGUCGGAGGCCGAUCGCUGUUCGCCCUCCUCACUGAAACACCCUCAAACAUGCCUUGGUUUUCAAAAGCAUUUGUCCUAAACUAAUGUCGUGUCUGGGACUUCUACUGUAAGAUGUUAAAUGUUUUCCUGUUUCAACUCUCAAUGAAGAACUGGACCUUUAUGAAUCUACCAGACUGGCUCCGCAGUUAAAGCACUUGUACCCUUUGCUGGGCAGAGGGAGGUGCACAAUGCGCAGGGUGGAGGCCAGGUCUGGGCUGGUGGGGUCGGUUUAAUCGGCCACCGAUGGGUUUUUACACGCUUUACACGCGCGGCAGUUUAACGGGACCUGCGUGUUGAACGCGAUGGCGGAAGCAGAAGCUGGCAGUCUGAAUUUGGUUUGUUCGGAUGAACAAAAUAAUGGAUGCACCACUAAAUGGAGCUCUUUGUUUUGCUUUGACACCGUGUGUGGGCUGGCCAGCUGACGUUGUUUACUGUCCUGUAAACCUGUAGCUGGUCAGUGAUGUCAUGUGAUUACUUUUGGGUUUGUCCAGGUCAUCAGUAACAAGCUUGAGGAGAUCCCAUGAGCGGAAUAGAUAUGACUAUGGCAGUAAACAAAAAUUGCAUGGCCUGCAAUGAAUAACCGUUUAGACAAGUAGUCCAGAUCGUGUUCAGCGGGACGCUGAAUGAGGCUUUUUCUACUUGGAAUGAUCAAAUAGGUCCUUCACCGUGGUUGUACUAUUUCCCUUUUGUCCGUUUUUGGAGUGAAUCAGUAGCCUAUAAGUCCGCUUCUCUUCUAACUGGAUGAAAGUCAACCCAACUGGAUUAAAGUUGAUUGAAUGGACUGAACAACCCGCUGAAAUCGUCAUCACAGCCUCACUCUCUUGCAAGCAGGACUUAAAAGAAUUGAUGUGGAGGCAUCGUACCUCAAAAUGUGGAUUUUAGCGGUUGUUUUCAACAUGAUUCAGACACGUAUGAUUGUAAUAGUUUGCUUUGCUUUUAUUGUAAUCCAAUAUAAACUAACUAUAAAUCGUUCAACUAUAUCUAAUAUAUUUAAUUUAAAACUCCAGAUGCAAGUUAUUAUUUGACCUAAAGAUCAAGUCUCUGUAUGAUGCCCUUAUUUAAUGAAUGCAAAAGCCACUGUUGAAAUAAACUCAUGGUCAAUGGUU